AUGAAAUCUUUUCCUCAUGUUUUUCCCUCUACUGCUUCGCCGAACAACGUAGAACCCAUAACGAAUGAAACUCGUCGAUUUGCUUUAUUUGCAUCAUCGAUUCAUUCACAACUUCGAUCAUAUAUAUUCUACGGUCCAAUAACGGCAGCGUCAUGGCAACGAGUUGGUUAUAAAGUAAUUGCUGUUUUUGUCGGUGAUUUUAAUAAAAAUAAUAAUACAUUACAACUAAAUUUAACGCAAACCAUGCUAAAACGAUUAGGUGUGCGAAUAGUGAAUUUACAAUGUGACAUAGCAUAUUCUAUAAAACUAUCUCAAUUAGUACGAAUGUUCGGUGGAUUUUUGUCAGAUUCGAUCGUGCGUGAUACAGAUUAUAUUCUUACAUCAGAUAGUGACAUUAUUCCGAUAUCUGAAAAUGAUUAUAAACUAAAAAAUGCUACAGAUGGAUUCAUCUAUAAUGCAUUUUGUUGUGGUUUCUUUAAGCGACGAGAAAAAAAUCAUCAAAUGUAUCCUAUGAGUCAUAUAUGUGUUACAAAAAAAACCUGGCGUAACAUUUUGCUUGAAUCAGUGCAACGGCAGGAGCUUCUCAAUGCUAGUUUAUCGCCGUCGAAUGAUAUUCUUCUGUCGGGCAAAGCUCCAUUCUCAUUUGAAACCAUGAGUCUCUAUACUCGACACGAAUUUCGUCAACUUUACGAUUCAAAUAUGACCAAAGGUGAUGCAGCAUGGUUUAUGGAUCAAGCUUUUUCUUCAAUGCUAUUAAAUGAUUACCUUGAAAAACAUACGAACAUGAAAAUUGAUAAGCGUCAUAAAAAAUCCCAACGUCUUGAUCCACAUUUAUCACAUUUGUUUUGGCAACCGCACAAAUUCAAACAAUUUGGAGAUGCACAUAUUAUGCACGAUGAAAUAUUUGAUUCAAAUAAUUGGGCAGGCUUCAAAAAGUUAUUACAUUAUAUGUUUAAUUCAUCAUUAGUAAAUGAAUUCGAUUUAUAUUAUAAACAGUUCGCUAUUACUUUACGAGAAAAACCACAAUAUGGGGCUUAG